UCAGUGCUUUGUUUGGUCGAGGUUGGGUACAUAGUCCAGCGUUUAUUCUUAUCACAACCGACGGUAGAAACUUGCUUCUUUUUCACGAUUAACAUGAGUACUUGUUAAAGCGAAGAGUCAUUGUCUGCAGGUCGUUUAAAUUGUGUCACUCGAAAUACACGCCUGGGGGGGUUUCGAUGCGCUACUGAUAGCGAGUCGUGUGUUCAUAGAAUUCGCUGGAACUCUGCUACUGAUGCGUGGAGCAACCAUUCAGUGUUAGAGCGGAAAGUGUGUCAGACGCGAUUAGUUUUGUUCUCUGCUGCUGCAAUCGAAGUUAUUGGAAAAAACAAUGUCUGCGGAAGAAUUGAAACUUACCGAUGAUCUAUUUGAUGAGGCAAAAUAUCAGGACGCGUUCGAUGCACUGAACAAGUUGGAGGAUAAGAAUGUGGUGGAAGUUCAGUGGAGGCUGGCCCGGGCUGUGUUUUUCAUUUCCAAGAAUACGAGUGAUAAUGACGAGAAGGCAAAACUAGUGCGAGAGGCGUUUGAUUUCGCGAAACAGGCUCUCGAGCUGGACUCGACUAAUUUCGGAGCCAACAAAUGGUACGGCGCUAUUCUUUCCGAGAAAAGCAACCUGGACGGAGUGACCGAGCGAAUCAAACAGCUGGAAAAUGUGAAGAAACAUUUCACAAUUGCGAGAGAUGCAAACCCUACGGAUCCUGGAAUUUGGCACAUGCUUGGCCAGUUCAAUUUCAAACUAUCUGAGGUUAACUGGGUUACCAGGAAGUUAAUCAACUCGGUUGCCUCUAAUCCACCUACGGCUUCGUACGAGGAAGCAUUGGAGUGCUUCGAGAAGGGCGAGAGUAUCAGGUCGGGCUUCUAUAGUCAGAACCAGCUGUAUCUUGGCAAAGCGUAUCUCGCUUUGAAGCAGAAGGAUAAGGCACGGGAAUGGUUCCAGAAAGCAGCAGAGGUAGAAGUCCGCAGCGAGGACGAUCGCGUGUGUCGCGAAGAGGCCAAUGAAGCGUUGCGGAAGCUUUAAUUAAAGCGUAUUCAAUCGCUUCCUCUUGUAUAUGAUAAUUUAUGAACACGAGUCAAGUUCACAUGCGGGCCGUUGCAGUCUAAAGUUCGCAAAUUUCAAUCGUUGCAACCGUAUGAAUUGUAGCGCUGAGCGAGGUGCUCAAUUGACGCCAGAAUGAGCUCUAAGUGAUAUUGCAAACAAAGUCGGGUCCCAUUAGGCAGCGGUGUGCAAUUACAUCCAUAUACAAUCAGCUGCGUAGACUUAGCGCGACUAUGGGUGCUGUUAGAUGAAUGCCAUAAAGAUAAAUAUAAGUGAUAGGUGUUUUUUUAUUUCAAUUGAAGUGUAACUCAGCUUGAUGUGGUGGCUGGGUCAAAGGUCAGUUCCCAUCAUCAUCGUCAAUAGUCAUGGUGUUGGAUAGUUAGAAAUGGCGAUAAGGACGAUAUUCAUAGUGCUAUUCGGUGCAAUGUUUCCGCUUUAUAAGAAAAGAUUUUCUGCGCAACCAGGAUUCGAAGAUUGCUAUAAGCUUAUUAACAAAUACUGGUUAUAGGCUUUUUAUAAUUUUUUAUCGUUUUGCUUGUUUCAGUAGUCUGCCGCAAUUGAAAUUCCAUUUUAUUCCACUGUAUUCAAUAGUUGAAAGAAAAAUGUAUAUAGCUGAGCUUAAGCUCCCGAUUCAUGUUAAAUAACUGUAAAUAAUAAAACAGUUGUUUUAAUAAUAAAUCCUUAAUGAAAAUCUGA